ACCGCCUGCCAAUCCUCCUCUUUCUUUGCUGCUGACCGCAGAGAUAAGUAGUGCUUUGUUACUGUUUUUCUCAUUAUGUCUUACUGAUGAUUUUAUAUUCUUUGGGAAAUUUGUCUUGAUUUGUUUUUUCCCCUUGUGGGGCUAUUUGGGGGUGCAUAUAGGUGAUUUUACACUGUGCCUGUUAAAUUUAUACUUUUUCCCCUAUCUUAUGGUCUCUUUUGGGCUCUCCUAUUGGUGGUUCGGUUCCCAGGACGGACAUCUGGUUUCUCCCUCUGGUUCUCCCUCACUGUGCCCUCUUCUGUUCCCCCCUCCUAAUCGGGCGGCUCUUUUUCCCGCCGCCGCUUACCUCAGUGCGGCCGCGGCUGCGCUCUCUUCCUCCCCGGCAGGCGCGCCCGAGAUCUCGCGAGAUCUCGGGCACUUCCGCUUCCGCUUUGUGCGUCUUCUCGGCCUGGAGCUCGGCUGCCUCGGUCCGUCCCUGGGUGUCCGGUUAGGUUUUUUCUCUUACAGCGAUCCCCUGUUACUGGCCUGGGGCAAAUCCCCAUCACCAGUUUCCUUCUCCCCAGACGCUCCUGUGGCUGCCGCUUGUUCUAGUGAGCGGCCAUUGUUAGCGUUUUUCUUUCUGUGUGGUUGAGACUGGUUUUUUAACCCUGUCUUCCCUCAUACCAUAACUGGCUAGAUCGCCUAUUAUAUUAUACUAAGGCAGUACCAUUAUCAGUACUCACUUGCACAGGCCAUCAUGCCUAAGAAUGUGCAUACUGGCCAGGGCCCUGCAGCAGAGGACGUCCCUCUGGUGGAAUUAACCCCUUCGGGGGAGGAUGGCCAUAUCCCGAUACCUGGGGAUCAGACCAUUGAUUUUCAAGCGUCGCUGUCCAGCGCCAUUGCUGCAGCCAUGGGUUCAAUGACCUCGGUCAUUUCCCAGACUAUCGCUCAGGCCCUAGCUGCCCAUCCGACUACCUCUCAGUCCCCGCAGCCCGUCAUGGUGUCCUCACCCACCGGGCCAGGGCCGUCUGCCUCCAGAAAAAGAAUUCAGAAAGGUGAUGAUGUUCCCACCAAUGUUGGCGCGCCUGGUCCGCGCAAGAGAGCCCGUACGCGUCGGGCAGAACGCACGCGCAACUGGAAAAGUGCUAGAGCACUGCAGGAGAUGGAUUCCGACUCUGAUAUCGGAUCCGAGGAGGAGGCUUUAGAUGACGCCUUUGAGGAGGCAGAGGAGGACCCAUCAGGGGUCAUGGAGGAUAACCCCCUACCUGGGUGUAGCUCCCUAUUGUCUGCUGCAGACGGUAUGCCUGCACCUUUGACGGAUCCCUCUGGGGAACCAUUGUUCGACCCAGAUUCGCUCCACCACCCCCGCUCGGCUGAGUGGUUACCAUUGGAGCACGUCUCCAAAUAUUUGGAGGCUAGAGUGCGAUGUCCUCUUUCCAAAGAGGCUCGCAAUAAGCUUAGGGCGGAGUGCCCCAGACCCGUCAUCCCUAACAGGGUGUGCGAGACUCCAGCGGUCGACCCCAAAAUGACGCAGUUCCUCGCCAAAUCUGGUUGGAACCCGCGUAGGGGUCUGGAGUCGGCGCUACGAUCCUGCCAGGACAAACUCCUGGACAUAUUUGGCCCGCUAGCUAAGCUUUUCGACCUGGCAGAGACAGCUAAAGCCUAGGACAAGCAAGUUGACCCGCUGGAAUUGCGCGAAUGGGUACAGAGGGCCAUUUGCAUAGCAGGGAACGUGAAUACGUCCUUGGCUAUAGAGAGGCGAAAGGCCAUCCUCUUCAAAAUUGAGCCAAAGCUGUCAAACCUAGCUCUGACGGAGGCUGGAAAGGAGGCCCAGGGCCUUUUAUUUGGUGAACCAUUCAUUAAGGACCUAGGGAGGUUUGUGGGGGCUUUCACGGCCUUAGACAAGGCCCAGUCCUCCAUGAAGCGAGUUUUUCACGGUAGGGUCUCUACCAGGGCCGGCAGCUUCAGGGGCCGCCUGUCCGGCCGUGCCCAAUUUCAGUCCCGUGGUUCGGGCCGAGGCUCCUACUCCCAGAGGUCUUCAUUCCAGGAGCACAGACGAGAACAGUCUUCGUUCUUCCCUUCACGAGGAAGCUCCUGGCGUCCAAGAGGAUAUCGAGGAAAUCCGUCUUCUAGACGUCCCUACGGUUGAGAUCGGUCAGUUCCGUGGUGUCCUUUGUUCUACGUCCUGGUUCGGAGGGUCGGCAGUUCGGUUCCAGCCGGUCAUGUGACGUGGACAGCUUCAGGAGGUUCUUCAAGGUUGUUCCUGGUGUUCCUGUUCGCUUCCGGAUGGAUGGCGCUUUUGUUCCCAGGCUGUUCCGGUUCCUGGUUGGCGGUUCGGUUCGGAUUUA